AUGUCCCUCGGCUACACGGCUGCAUGCAUCAAAGUGCUAGAGUUCGCCGGCCUCGCUCCCGGCCCCUUUGCGGGCAUGAUGCUCGCCGACGCCGGCGCCACCGUCCUGCGCGUCAACCGCCACAACGACCCCCCGCAGGACAUGCUCGCGCGCCACAAGGCCUCCGUGGCCGUGGACCUCAAGGACCCGUCGGGCAUCGCGCUCCUCAAGGCGCUCGUCGCCCGCGGCGGCGUCGACGUGCUCAUCGACCCCUUCCGCCCGGGCGUCCUCGAGCGCCUCGGCCUCGGGCCCGAGCCCCUCCUGCAGCUCAACCCGCGGCUCGUCUACGGCCGCAUCACGGGCUACCGCCGCGACGGCAAGUACGCCUCCAUGGCCGGCCACGACAUCAACUACAUUGGCGUCUCCGGCGCGCUGUCCAUGCUCGGCGCCGCCGGCGAGCGCCCGCAGCCGCCCAUCAACAUCCUCGGCGACUUCGCCGGCGGCGGCGCCACGCUCUUCCAGGGCAUCCUGCUCGCGCUGCUCGCCCGCCAGACCACCGGCAGGGGCCAGGUCGUCGAGGCCAACAUGGUCGACGGCAGCUCCUACCUCGCGAGCUUCCCGCGCAUGAGCAAGGUCACCCCCAUGGGCAACAAGCCCCGCGGCGAAAACGUCCUCGACGGCGGCUGCCCGUGGUAUGGGUGCUACGCGACCCGCGACGGCAGGUGGGUGACGGUCGGCGCGCUGGAGCCGCAGUUCUUCGCGCAGCUCAUCAGGGGCCUCGGCAUGGAGGGCCAGGGGUGGGAGGACGACCGCGGCGACGAGGACCGCUGGCCGGAGCUCGCGCGCAUCUUCACCGACAAGUUCAAGGCCAAGACGCGGGCGGAAUGGGAAGACGUUUUUGACGGCACGGACGCGUGCGUCGCGCCGGUGCUCGAGUACGAGGAGCUGCAGACGGAUCCCGCGCGCGAGGGCGACCAGCGGCCCGCGGUGACGCUGAGAGACACGCCGUGGAAGGCGGUGCAUCAGGAGCGCGGCAAGGUGGGCGACGAGGAUCGCGGGCAGGGCGAGGGCGUAGAAGGCGGGGGCUACUUCCCGACGCUGCUGGACGUGGGCGAGGGCGGUGACGAGGUGCUGGGCAGCUGGCUGGGGUGGAAGCGCGGGCAGCACUACGAGGACAAGAAUGGACGAGGCUUGGCGUUGGUAAACGACAAGGCCAAGAUUUGA